AUGAGAGUUCUAACCCGUUCAAAAACCCUUUCGAGUCGAUCUCGGAGCUCGUUUCUUUCGCCAUGGCUUUUCGCUUCGCUCGAUCCCGCUCACUCUCCCUUCUCGCGAAGUUUCGGAUAGAGCACAGGACCCUAAAUGUCUCCGCCGCCCCUCCUAAGGAGCCCCUCUCCUCCUCCGACGCUCUCUUCAGCGACCAACCCUCCUCGUUAUCUUCCCCUAUUCAGCCACCGUCGCCGCCGCCUCCCUCUUCCGGGGCUGUACGCCGGUCAUGGAGUCUCCUCAAGUAUGGAUCAGUUGCAGCUCUCACUGCCGCCGUCGGAACCACCGCCUACGUCACUUAUGCAUAUUCUUUAGAAGAAUUGGAACACAAGGCAAAUACAUUGCGAGAGACGGCAAAAGGUUCAAGAGGAGAAGAUGAUGAAUCCACUCUCCAAAAAUUUAACAAUUUGCUCUAUUCCACAGCCAUGAAAGUUCCUGUUAAAGCUUUGGAUCUCUAUCUGGAUCUUAGGAGGGCAACUGAAGAACAUGUUCGGGGAUUUACUGAACCUUCAUCAGAGAAGUUGCUUCCUGAUUUGCAUCCUCAAGAACAACAUGCUUUCACUCUUGUUCUAGAUCUUAAUGAGACUCUCGUGUACUCUGACUGGAAGCGUGACAGAGGCUGGAGAACAUUUAAAAGGCCCGGUAUUGAUGCUUUCUUGGAACAUCUUGGAAAACUUUAUGAAAUUGUUGUGUACUCCGAUCAAUUGAAUAUGUAUGUAGAUCCCGUCAUAGAAAGGUUGGAUCAGAAAGGAUAUAUUCGUCAUAAGCUAUCUAGAGCUGCAACAAAAUAUGUGAAUGGAAAACAUUAUCGGGAUCUAUCGAAGCUGAACAGAGAUCCAUCACGUAUAAUUUAUAUCAGUGGUCAUGCUCUUGAAUCUUGCCUCCAGCCUGAAAAUAGUGUGCCUAUCAAACCCUGGAAACUAGAAAAUGAUGACACUGCACUUCUAGACCUUAUUCCUUUUCUUGAAUAUGUAGCUCUCCACAGACCAGCCGAUAUAAGACAAGUACUGGCAUCGUUUCAAGGUCAUGAUAUAGCCACUGAAUUUAUUGAACGCUCAAAGGAAUAUCAAAGGAAAAUGCAAGAACAGAAACAGCAUGGUCGUUUCUGGAAGCGUUGAAGAUGCAAAACAACUGGAACGUAGUCUCUACGUCACCAAAUAUGCAUAUUCUCAUUUUGCAUUUCCCUUAAAUUUUCACGGCAACGCCUGGAUUGAGGUUCCAGCAGUAUGCUCCAAUAUGGAAUUAAUUUAACUUGUCAAUUUUCCUCAUUUUGAGAGUUUUGUGCACUGAUGAAAAAUGUCAGCCUCUGGGCUUUAUUUUAUCAUAGAACUGAUUUUCUAGCACCGCUUGCUGUCAUCACCACCUACUCUGUUAGCUGCUGCUACUGAGAAGGGAUUAAAAAAAAGGGAUCCAUGUUUCUCAAAUUCCAAGAUUGUGCAUGAAGCGCGAAUUAGAUUGUAUUAGUUUCUAUAAUUAACUUUUUCUUGUAUAAUACUAAUUAUUAGAGCUUCAUUGACUAGGAUUGCAAGAUCUUGUACAUUAAAAUUGAAAUCCGUUAGUAUGGAACAUUUUGCUAAGUAUAACUUUUUGGCAUGUAAAGAACCUUUUUUAUUGGAGUCAUCAGAAUAUCACUCCUCUUUCAUUUAUUA